AUGCUGCCUCCCGAUCGAGCCAUGCCGCUCCUUCUCCUGCUCCUCUUCCUCGGCCUCGGCCCGGCGGCGGCGGCGGCGGACGAGCAGUUCGUCUUCGACGGCUUCACCGGCGCGAACCUCACCAUGGACGGCAUGGCCACGGUGACCCCCAACGGGCUGCUCCAGCUGAGCAACGCCACCAGCCAGCUCAAGGGCCACGCCUUCUUCCCGACGCCGCUGCAGUUCCACCGGGCGCCCAACAGCACGGCCAUGCAGUCCUUCUCCACGGCCUUCGUCAUCGGCAUCAUCGGCGCCUACGACACGCUCAGCAGCCACGGCAUGGCCUUCGUCGUCGCCAAGAGCCGCAACUUCACCUCCGCGCUGCCGGGCCAGUUCCUCGGCCUCGUCGGCUCCGCCAACAACGGCAACGCCACCAACCACCUCUUCGCCGUCGAGUUCGACACCAUCCUCAACUCCGAGUUCAACGACAUGAGCGGCAACCACGUCGGCAUCGACGUCAACGGCCUCAACUCCGUCGACGCCGACAACGCCGGCUACUACGACGACGCCACCGGCGCGUUCAGGAACAUCAGCCUGGUCGACCGCAAGCCCAUGCAGGUGUGGGUGGACUUCGACGGCCGGACCAUGCAGGUCAACGUCACCAUGGCGCCCCUGCAGGUGGCCCGGCCCAAGAAGCCCCUGCUCUCCGCCACCGUCAACCUCUCCUCCGUCAUCGACGACACUGCCUACGUCGGGUUCUCCUCGUCCAGCGGCAUCCUCUUCUGCCGCCACUACGUGCUCGGGUGGAGCUUCAAGAUGAACGGCGCCGCCCCGGCGCUUAACAUCUCCUCGCUGCCGUCGAUGCCGGUCACGUUCCCCAAGCCGCGGUCCAAGGUUCUGGAGAUCGUGCUCCCGAUCGCGUCCGCGCUGCUCGUCUUCGCGGUGGCCGCCGCCGUCUUCGUGUACAUGCGGCGGCGGCGCAUGUUCGGGGAGCUCAAGGAGGACUGGGAGGUCACCUUCGGGCCGCACAGGUUCUCGUACAAGGACCUCUACCACGCCACCGACGGGUUCAGCGACGAGCGGCUGCUGGGCAUCGGCGGGUUCGGGAGGGUGUACCGCGGCUCGCUCCCCAAGUCCAAGUCGGCGGAGAUCGCGGUGAAGAAGGUGUCGCACGGGUCGAGGCAGGGGAUGAGGGAGUUCGUGGCGGAGGUGGUGACCAUCGGCCGGCUCCGGCACCGCAACCUGGUGCAGCUGCUGGGCUACUGCCGGCGCAAGGGCGAGCUGCUGCUGGUGUACGACUACAUGCCCAACGGCAGCCUGGACAAGCACCUGUACGACGACCAGAAGAAGACGGCGGCCCUGGGCUGGUGGCAGAGGUUCCGGAUCAUCAAGGGCGUCGCCUCCGGGCUGCUGUACCUCCACGAGGACUGGGAGCAGGUGGUGGUGCACCGGGACAUCAAGGCCAGCAACGUGCUGCUGGACGCCGACAUGAACGGCCGGCUGGGCGACUUCGGGCUGGCGCGGCUCUACGACCACGGCACGGACCCGCACACGACGCACGUGGUGGGCACCAUGGGGUACCUGGCGCCGGAGCUGGGGCACACGGGGAAGGCCUCCAAGGCGUCCGACGUGUUCGCGUUCGGGGCCUUCAUGCUGGAGGUGGCGUGCGGGCGGAAGCCGGUGGUGCAGGACGCGCGCGACAACCACCUGGUGCUGGUGGACUGGGUGCUCGACCAGUGGCGCGCCGGGACGGUCACCGGCGCCGUCGACCCGCGCCUGGGCGGCGACGUCGUGGAGCACGAGGCGAGCCUGGUGCUGAGGCUGGGCCUGCUGUGCUCGCACCCGCUGCCCGGCGCGCGCCCGACCACGCGGCAGGUGGCGCAGUACCUGGACGGCGACCUCAAGCUGCCGGAGCUGUCGCCCACGUACCAGAGCUUCAACAUGCUGGCGCUCAUGCAGGACCAGGGCUUCGACCCCUACGUCAUGUCCUACCCGAUGACCUCCAUCACCGCCGGCACCAUGUCCCAGAUGUCCGACCUCUCCGGAGGGAGGUGA